GUUUUGCACACUACACAACACAACGAGACGAGGAGGAAGUCAGACCGGUAAACUAAUGUCAAGCGUGUUGAGGUGAAAUAUGAAGACUCUCAUGGUGUUUGAUUUUGACCACACUGUGGUCGAUGACAACAGUGACACCUGGGUGAUUAGAUGCCUCCCAGGUCAGACUCUUCCUGACUCUGUGAAGAAGUCGUACAGAAAAGGCCACUGGACUGAGUUCAUGGGCAGAGUGAUGAACUACAUAGGAGACCAGGAGGUCAGCCCCGAGAAGGUCCGCAGUGUGAUGGAGACCAUCCCCUUCACAGCUGGGAUGACAGACCUGCUGACAUUCAUAUCGGAGCAUAAAAGCACCAUUGACUGCAUAGUCAUCUCUGACUCCAACACCAUGUUCAUAGACUGGAUCCUCUGCGCAUCUGGUCUCCAGGGAGCUGUCGAUCAAGUUUUCACCAACCCCGCUAAGUUCAAUGAGCUCGGGUACAUGGAGGUGCAGUGCUACCACUCUCACGACUGCGAUCGAUGCCCUGUCAAUCUGUGUAAGAAAAAAGUGCUGGAGCUGUAUCUGGCGGAGCAGUCUGAUGGAGGUGUGGAGUAUGAGCGGAUAUUCUACGUCGGGGACGGUGGGAAUGAUCUCUGCCCUACUUCCUGUCUAAGAGGGCAUGAUGUGGCGAUGCCCAGGAAAGGGUUCACCUUGGAGAAACUGCUGGCCAAACUGGAAAGCCAGGAAGACAACAGUUCUCUCAGGGCUAAAGUUAUUGCCUGGAGCAAUGGCACUGAAAUCCUCGAGGAACUGAAAGCAAGUAUCCAGUCGUAGGCCAGGGCCGAACACGAUCAGCUUCUCAGGUGUAACCAAAAUAUUGCACAUGUAGCAAUUGCACUGUAGAAGGCACACACUCCCUAUUAUUGUUUAAAUAUUUUAUCAAGAGAGUAUUUUGAAUGGUAAUGAAUGGUGCUCAAGGCUUUGUCAUUCAAUCAAACGCAUUACAAAAACAAUGUUUACAUGUGCAGUGUAUGUUUGAGACUGUGUAAUGUACAAGAUCUGGGGCUUAAACUUUAUUUAUCUAUAUAGCACCUUUCAUACAAACAUGCAGCCCAAAGUGCUUCACAGAGCAAAAUAAAAACAGAAAUAAUCAACAAUGAAUAGAGUCCAGCAAAAUAGAUAAAACAAAAAUAAAACAGAUAAAAUUAGGCCGUAUAAAUAAUUUAUUUAUUUUAUUGUUUAAGAAAUAUUGUGUGAAAAUUACAAACCAAAUCAACAAACAUAAAAAC